AUGUUUUUCCCUUUCUUGGGCAGAUUAUCAAUAACAGACUACAUCAUAGUCAUCUUAGUAUACAUCGAAAGUAUUGUCUCAUCUGUACUUAAAUUAAUACCGCAACCGAUGUUUAACCUUUUCGAAUGGCUGAUCAACUUCUCAACAUGCUCUGACGAUAAUACCAUUGAACAGAAAUUAAGGGCAGCUCCAACAAUCCAUGAAAUGUGCGCACUUUUCGAUAUCUCUGUCGAAGACCAUUUAGUAAGGACCGAGGAUGACUACAUCUUGACGUUGCACAGAAUUCCACCACUUUCCAAAAAUAGGUUCAAUAAUAAGGUGGUUUACUUACAUCACGGUCUUUUAAUGUGUUCCGACGUUUGGUGCUGUAAUGUUGAAAGACAUAAAAACUUGCCAUUUGUUUUACAUGAUUUAGGUUACGAUGUUUGGAUGGGUAACAAUAGGGGCAAUAAAUACUCGACCGCCCACUUGAAUAAACCACCAAAAUCGAGCAAGUUUUGGGAUUUCUCUAUCGAUGAAUUCGCGUUCUUUGAUAUUCCGAACUCAAUUGAGUUCAUACUGGAUAUAGCGAAAGUGGACAAGGUUAUUUGUAUUGGGUUCUCCCAAGGUUCGGCUCAAAUGUUUGCAGCUUUUUCGUUAAGUGAAAAGCUGAACCAAAAAGUCUCGCAUUUUAUUGCCAUAGCUCCGGCUAUGACACCCAGGGGCCUACACAACAGAAUUGUGGAUACUCUGGCUAAAUCCUCACCCAGCUUCAUGUAUCUUUUUUUUGGUAGGAAUAUCGUGUUGCCUUCUGCUGUGAUUUGGCAAAGGACUUUACAUCCAACCCUUUUCAAUUUCUGCAUUGAUGUAGCAAACAAGGUUCUCUUCAAUUGGAAAUCCUUCAACAUUCAGCCAAGACAAAAAAUUGCUUCCUACGCAAAACUUUAUUCAACCACCAGCGUGAAAUCCAUCGUUCAUUGGUUUCAAAUAUUAAGAUCCCAAAAAUUUCAAAUGUUUGAAGCAUCCGAUAGUAUGCUGAAUUCAUUAACAAGACCUUACCAAAUUGCUAGUUUUCCCACUAGAACGAAUAUUAAAAUUCCUAUUUUAUUAAUUUAUGGCGGUAUUGAUUCCUUAGUCGAUAUUGAAGUGAUGAAAAGAAAUUUGCCUUCCAACUCUGUAUUUGAUGUAAAAGUUGACAAUUACGAACAUUUGGAUUUGAUUUGGGGUAAAGAUACCGACACCCUAGUCAUAGCUAAAGUACUCAGGUUUAUCGAGUUUUUUGAUUCUAGCAAUAGUUUAAUGAAAACAAACCACUUACUACCAUCUGCAAGUUUAGUUGAGGAAGUACCAACUACUACAUGGAAAGCUAUAUCUCACCCAUCCCAUGACUAUAGCCAAAAGGUUCAAUCAUUGGAUCGUUCCCCUUUGUCAGUGCAAGCUGACGAAAUGGAUGAAAAACCCAGUGCUGAUAAUGCGAGGUUUUUGAGACGAGUCUUCUCUACCAGUGCCAUAGACGAUGAAAAUGGUAGUGUGCCCCAAGAAGAGACGGAAGGUGAAAUUCAUAAGGAGCAGCAAAGAAGAUUAAGCGCUUACCUUGAAUCAUCUAAUGACCUACGACAACUAGACACCAAUCUUUCAUCAGCGGUGCUAGAUGGCACGGACCAAGAAUAA